AUGAGGAUCCUGGUCACGCUGCUGCUGGACACUCUGCCUAUGUUAGGCAACGUCCUCCUCCUCUGCUUCUUCGUCUUCUUCAUCUUCGGGAUCGUCGGGGUCCAGCUCUGGGCAGGGCUGCUCAGGAACAGGUGCUUCCUAGACAGGAAUUUUGCCAUGACCUACAACCUGACCUUCCUUCACCCCUACUACCGCCCGGACGAGGCGGAGGAGAACCCCUUCAUCUGCUCCUCGCACCGGGAGAACGGCAUGCAGCGCUGCUCCAACAUUCCCAGCAGGAAGGAGUCCAAGGUGGAGUGCACGCUGGGCAUGGACUCCUACAGCCCGGGCCUGGCCGGCGCCGAGGCCGGCCGGAAUUCCUGCAUCAACUGGAACCAGUACUACAACGUCUGCAUGGCCGGGGACCUGAACCCCCACAACGGGGCCAUCAACUUCGACAACAUCGGGUACGCCUGGAUCGCCAUUUUUCAGGUGAUAACCCUGGAAGGAUGGGUGGACAUCAUGUAUUACGUGAUGGAUGCGCACUCUUUUUACAAUUUUAUAUAUUUUAUAUUGCUUAUCAUAGUUGGCUCCUUCUUCAUGAUUAACCUGUGCCUGGUGGUGAUAGCCACCCAGUUCUCGGAGACCAAGCAGCGGGAGAACCAGCUGAUGCAGGAGCAGCGGGCGCGCUACCUGUCCAACGACAGCACCAUCGCCAGCUUCUCGGAGCCGGGCAGCUGCUACGAGGAGCUGCUCAAGUACAUCUGCCACAUCUUCAGGAAGGUCAAGAGGAGGACGCUCCGCCUCUACAACAACUGGCAGAGCAAACGCCGCAAGAAGGUCAACCCCAACAGCGGCGGCGGCGGCGGGCAGAGCCAGCGCGGCAGGAGGAGGAUCACCUCCAUCCACCACCUGAUCCACCACCACCACCACCACCACCACCACCACUACCACAUCAGCAACGGCAGCCCGCGGGGGCCUCGGGCCCACCCCGAGCUCUGCCAGCUGGAGCUGCAGCUGGUGAAGCCCGGCCAGCAGCUGAUGCUCCCCGCUCCCGCCGCUCCCCGCGCCGACGCCGGCGCCGUGCACAGCAUCUACCACGCCGACUGCCACGUGGAGGGGCCCCCCGGGGCGUGCAAGGCCACCGGGGCCACCAAAGGGGCCGGGCUGGGCGGCCACGGCGGCAUGAACUACCCCACCAUCCUGCCCUCCCCCGGCGGCAAGGGCGGCUCCGCGGCGCCGAGCAAAGGGAAGAGGAACGGGAAUUCUCCGGUGGCCGUGGCGAACAGCCCGGGGAGUUUGGGGCUGGAUUCCUACGGGAAGCUGCAGCAGCUGGUGGGAGAGCAUGGUCUCCGCCGGACGCCCAGCCGGCUGUCGGGGCUGAGCGCGGCCGGGGCGCUGCCCGGCUCCCGGCUCAGCUGCGAGCUGCAGGACUGUCCCUUCUGCGCCAGCCUCCUGGACGACCCCGACUUGGCCCUCAGCGACUCCGACAGCCACGGCGACUCCGACAGCAACGGCGUCUACGAGUUCACGCAGGACCUGCGCCACGGCGACCACCGGGACCAGCUGCAGCAGCAGCAGCAGCGGGGCAGGAGGAGGAGGAAGAAGAAGAAGGCCAAGGAGAGGAACAAGGUGACCAAGCUGUGGAAGGCAUUCAGCGCCAAGCUCAAGAGGAUCGUGGAGAGCAAAUACUUCAACCGCGGGAUCAUGAUCGCCAUCCUCAUCAACACCCUCAGCAUGGGCAUCGAGUACCACGAGCAGCCCGACGAGCUGACCAACGCCUUGGAGAUCAGCAACAUCGUCUUCACCAGCAUGUUUGCCCUGGAGAUGCUCCUGAAGCUCCUGGCCUUUGGAAUCUUCGGCUACAUCAAGAACCCCUACAACAUCUUCGACGGGAUCAUCGUGGUCAUCAGCGUGUGGGAGAUCAUCGGGAGUCGGACGGGGGGCCUGUCCGUGCUCCGCACCUUCCGGCUGCUCCGCGUUCUCAAGCUGGUGCGCUUCAUGCCCGCCCUGCGCCGCCAGCUCGUGGUGCUCAUGAAGACCAUGGACAACGUGGCCACCUUCUGCAUGCUGCUCAUGCUCUUCAUCUUCAUCUUCAGCAUCCUCGGCAUGCAUCUUUUCGGAUGCAGUCAGCUGAAAACCGACACGGGAGACACCGUUCCGGACAGGAGAUUUGAUUCCUUGCUUUGGGCCAUUGUGACCGUGUUCCAGAUCCUCACGCAGGAGGACUGGAACGUGGUGCUCUACAACGGCAUGGCCUCCACCUCCUCCUGGGCCGCCCUCUACUUCGUGGCGCUGAUGACCUUCGGCAAUUACGUGCUCUUCAACCUCCUGGUGGCCAUCCUGGUGGAAGGGUUCCAGGCAGAGGGAGAUGCCAACAGGUCAGACACAGACGAGGACAAGACAUCUGCCAACUUCGAGGACGAGUUUGAGAAGCUGAAAGACCUCAGAGCCACAGAGAUGAAGAUGUACUCGCUGGCUGUCACCCCCAACGGGCACCUGGAGGGCCGGGGGGCCGCGCCCCCGCCCAUCAUCAUGCGCACCGCCGCCACCCCGAUGCCCACCCCAAAGUGCUCCCCGCACCUGGACUCCCUGCACGCCCUGGGGGACUCGAGGAGGGGCAGCAACGCCUCGCUGGACCCCACGGGCUACGACCAGAAGUCCUUGUCCAGCCUCCGCAGCUCCCCCUGCGCCAACUGGGGCACCGGCAGCAACUGGGGCAGCCGCCGCUCCAGCUGGAACAGCUGGGCCAGGGCGCCCAGCCUCAAGAAGAAGAACCAGUCGGGCUGAGUAACGGGAAUCGCUGCUGUCGGAGAGGGAAAAGGCCAGCAGGACGACGACUCGGACGACGCCAAGUCCAGCACGCUCAGCCGGCCCUCGCUGCCCCGGCGGGCGGAAUCCCUGGAUUACCGCGGCUCCCAGGAGCUGCCCGAGCUGCUGCAGGUGCCCUCGGUGCGCCAGCUCGGGCUGGGCCCCGCCGCGCUGCUGCCCGCCGAGUUCCACGACUGCAACGGCAAGACGGGACACGGCCCCGCCGAGUUCUUCCUCAGGGUGGACGGGCACAAGGAGGACGGCCUGGACUAUGAGGAUGACAUGGAGGACAGUUGUUGCUACCGGAUCCGCAAAGCCCUGGAGCCCUACAAACCCCAGUGGUGCAAGACCCACGAGGACUGGUCCCUCUACUUGUUCUCCCCACAGAACAGGUUCCGAGCGACGUGCCAGAAGGUCAUUGCCCACAAAAUGUUUGACCACGUGGUGCUGGUCUUUAUCUUCCUCAACUGCAUCACCAUAGCUCUGGAGAGACCGGACAUCGACCCCCUGAGCACGGAAAGGAUAUUCCUAAGCGUCUCUAAUUACAUCUUCACUGCCAUCUUCGUGGCUGAAAUGAUGGUUAAGGUGGUGGCCCUUGGCUUUUUCUCCGGGGAGAACACGUACCUGCAGAGCAGCUGGAACGUCCUGGACGGAGUCCUGGUCUUUGUCUCCAUCAUUGACAUCAUUGUGUCCAUGGCAUCAGCAGGAGGAGCCAAAAUCCUGGGAGUCCUUCGUGUGCUGAGGCUUCUGCGGACCCUGAGGCCGCUCCGAGUCAUCAGCAGAGCCCCAGGUCUGAAGCUGGUGGUGGAAACCUUGAUCUCCUCCUUGAGGCCUAUUGGGAAUAUUGUUCUCAUCUGCUGUGCUUUCUUCAUUAUCUUCGGGAUUUUAGGGGUCCAGCUUUUUAAAGGCAAGUUCUACUACUGUGAUGGCCCCGAUGUCAAAAACAUCACCACGAAGGCCGACUGCACCAACGCUCACUACAGAUGGGUCCGGAGGAAGUACAACUUCGACAACUUGGGGCAGGCCCUGAUGUCCCUGUUUGUCCUCUCCUCCAAGGACGGCUGGGUGAACAUCAUGUACGACGGGCUGGAUGCCGUGGGCAUUGACCAACAGCCCAUCCAGAACCACAACCCUUGGAUGCUGCUCUACUUCAUCUCCUUCCUGCUCAUCGUCAGCUUCUUCGUGCUCAACAUGUUCGUGGGGGUGGUGGUGGAGAACUUCCACAAGUGCCGGCAGCACCAGGAGGCGGAGGAGGCGCGGCGCCGGGAGGAGAAGCGGCUGCGCCGCCUGGAGAAAAAGCGCAGGAAAGCCCAGCGCAGGCCCUACUACGCCGACUACUCACCGGCCAGGAGAUCCAUCCACAGCCUGUGCACCAGCCACUACCUCGACCUCUUCAUCACCUUCAUCAUCGGCGUCAACGUCAUCACCAUGUCCAUGGAGCACUACAACCAGCCCAAGUCCCUGGAUGAAGCCCUCAAGUACUGCAACUACGUCUUCACCAUCGUCUUCGUGUUCGAGGCGCUGCUGAAGUUGGUGGCCUUUGGUUUCCGGAGGUUUUUUAAGGACAGGUGGAACCAGCUGGACCUGGCCAUAGUCCUGCUGUCCAUUGUGGGGAUCACGCUGGAGGAGAUCGAGAUGAACGCUGCCCUUCCCAUCAACCCCACCAUCAUCCGCAUCAUGAGGGUGCUCAGGAUCGCCAGAGUGCUGAAACUGCUGAAAAUGGCCACGGGCAUGAGAGCUCUGCUGGACACGGUGGUGCAAGCCCUGCCCCAGGUAGGGAACCUUGGCCUACUUUUUAUGCUCCUGUUUUUUAUCUAUGCUGCCCUGGGAGUGGAAUUGUUUGGCAAGCUCGAUUGCAGCGAAGAGAAUCCCUGCGAGGGCCUGAGCCGCCACGCCACCUUCACCAACUUCGGCAUGGCCUUCCUCACCCUCUUCAGGGUGUCCACGGGGGACAACUGGAACGGGAUCAUGAAGGACACGCUCCGGGAGUGCACCCGGGAGGACAAGCACUGCCUCAGCUACCUGCCCGUCAUCUCCCCCGUCUACUUCGUCACCUUCGUCCUCAUCGCCCAGUUCGUGCUGGUCAACGUGGUGGUGGCGGUGCUGAUGAAACACCUGGAGGAGAGCAACAAGGAGGCCAAGGAGGACGCGGAGAUGGACGCUGAGAUCGAGCUGGAGAUGUCCAAAGGGAGCAACACCGCCAGCGGGAGCAGGAGCGGGGCGGCGGAGAGCCGGGCGCUGCACGGGAAGCAGGAGCACGCCAAGGGGAAGCACCAAGCCCUGGGCAGCGCAGCCUCGCUGAGGCCCCAGGAUUCCCAGAAUCUGCUGACGGUCCGGAAGAUCUCCGUGUCCCGGAUGCACUCCCUGCCCAACGACAGCUACAUGUUCCGGCCCGUGACCCCGGCCAAGGCGCCGCUGCCGCUGCACGAGGUGGAGAUGGAAACUUAUCCCUGCAAAGCCCAAAGAGGAUCCAUCACCUCCAUCCGCUCCCAGCCCGUGGGGACGAGCUCCUGGCUGAGGGUGCCCCCGGAGUCGCUGCCGCCGGCCGCGCGCUGCCCCGGCCACGAAGGGCGGCACCGCUGGAAGGUCCUGGCCCCCCAGGGCACCCCCCGAUCUCCUGCUCUCAGCAAGCUGCUCUGCAGACAGGAGGCCGUUCGGACGGACUCGGUAGACGGACAGACCCCGGAGCGCAAAGACAGCCUGCAAGCAGAGCCUGGAGAGCCCCAACCAUCAGCAAAGCAGUCCCAGAGCUCCCUCACGCCCAGCCCUCUCCAUUCCCCGCUCCCGGACACCCCUCCGCGCUCCCCUCCGUCCUCCCCGCGCCGGCCCCUCAGCCCCCUGGCACGGAAGCACACGUGUGGCCAGCACGGCACUCCCAGCCGGCCACCCAGCCCCGCCAGCCCCGAGGGCCCCGAGGGCUGCCAGGGCGAGCCCUCGGACCUGGCUGACGAGGAGGUCCGGCACAUCAACAGCUCGGCCAAAGACUGGGCAGAGGAGAGCUCGGACCCCGGCAGCCGCUCCACCUCGCCCUUCACCUCCCCGGCCCCGUCCCCCGUGCCCCUCAAGAACUGCAGCACAAGCAGCCUCUCCCGCAAGGAGAAGGACUUGAAGAAGUUCUACAGCACCGACGCCAAGGGCUUCCUCAGCAAGCCCAGCUGGGCCGACGAGCAGCGGCGGCACUCCAUCGAGAUCUGCCCCUCCGGCGGCGCCACGGACCGCGGCUUCCAGGAGCCGGCCGAGGACAAGCAGCGUCCCCUCGGGCACGUCCAGCCGGAGGCCGAGUACAUCCACGGAGCCCGGAGGAAGAAGAAGAUGAGCCCGCCCUGCAUUUCUAUAGAUCCUCCCAUGGAGGACGACGGCGCGGCGGCCCCGCGCACCAAACCCUCCGAGAACACCCUGCUGCGGAGGAGAACGCCGUCCUGCGAGUUCCCGGCCUACCGAGAAUCCCUGGAGCUCCCGGAGAGCCAGCCCUCGUGCCGCGGGGAGCACCUCAGCGUGCCCAACUUCUCCUUCGAGCAGCUGGACGGCGGCUCCUUGAGCGGCCUCUCGGAGCGGCUGGACGGCGGCCAGCCCACGCCGGCCUCCGCGGACUCGGAGCUGAGAAAGACGGAUCACUUAAAAACUCAGCGGGGCAACGGCGAGAGGGGCAAAGAGCUGCUGGGCACCGCCAAGAGCCCCCUGCGGAAGCAGGACUUGGGGCCCGUGACUGUCGCCACAGAAGAAGGCACGGAGGACCCAGUAUAG